AUGUUCACAAGUUGCUCUUCUUCAUCCGAGUCAAAGUCAGACUCAGAUUUAGGCUCAGGCAUCUAUUAUGGAUGUCCACAGUGCAUUUUGAGGAAAGCAGUUGAGAGCAUACCUUAUCACAUUGUGAUUCUCGAGCUAAUGCUCGAUCAGGUAAAGACUGUUGAGGAUGUUCUUUAUUCUGACAUGGAGCUGACUUGUAGUGUCACCAUCCUGUUUUCCUACCAGUUGUCAGGUCUGCAGACUCAACUGGACUUUGGCCAGCUAUCAGAUCCCGUAGACCCAGCUGGACUUCCUGCAGAUAUCGAGUCAUUCCUUGAUCUAUCCAACCUUCGUGCCAGUCAGUUCCUAUUGGUUGGAUCUUGUCGAGUUUUCAAUGCAAGGGCUCCGGUGAAGGUCUCUGACGACGGUGACUCAAUAAGGGAAACUGAAAUGACUGAAAAAGGAUUAGAAGGGAGGUUAAGACGGACCUGGUGGGACAUCCAACAGCUGCUCAGCGAGGAGUUCAUUCAACAAUAUCUAGUAUCAGACUUCGAAGGAAUCAGUCAACCCCAAUUAGGAGACCUCGAAAUCAUGGCGUCUGAACGGGACCAGCUCUGUUCAUUUUCCUCCUUGCUUCGAUCCCUCUCAGUCGGAAGCCCCGACACUUCACCUCGUCUUCUAGCUCAACAAAGUCCUCCCUUCAUCCUGCAAUCCUUCAACUUCGUUGCUCCAAGAACAGAGGAGGACGAAGCAAUGGAGAGAGCAUUGCUUGCCCUCAAUAUUUCUUUCCCAUUGAUCUUGAACCAGCAACACAUUGGUAUUCAAAUGGGGGCAUUUAGGCCUUAUUACAACAAUCCAUUUACUCCUGAAGAGUACUUGAAGCCCAACCGGCUGCACGGCCAAAGAAUGAUAAAGAAAGGGCUUCACAUGCUCAGAAGAAUAAGUAUGAUGAAAUUGCAACUGGAAGCUGCGCGAGCGCAAGAAUAUCAGCAGCCGAUGAGCAACCAAUCGCAGCAUGUCAUAUCGGAGCGAAAGCGCAGGCAGAAGUUUAAUGAUCAUUUCAAUGCUCUCAAGAUGCUUCUUCCACCUGAAUUAAUGAUCAAGAAAAAGGACAAGCUAACGGUGCUUCUAAACGUCACGAACUACUUGAACCUUUUGAAGGAUCAGAUCAAGGAGCUCGAGGAGAGGAACAGUGCUCUAGAAAUGCAGGUACAAGUACCGAAAGAAGACCAAGUUGAUAUGUCCAUUGGCUAUUCAAAUGAAAGAGUAAAAGUUCAAGUUAAUCGAGCGUCGGAGUCCACAUCAGAAACACAACAGAUUGAUCUACGGGUGGUGGUGAAGGAAGACUGUGAUAUGAUCGAUUGGUUUAUCCGAGUCCUUGAAUGCCUCAAAGAGAUGAGAGGAAUGAUGCUGAUUUCCAUGGAAACAAGAAAAGUGUCAUCUGAGAAUAAUAGAUUUGGAAUAGCAAGUUUCAGGCUGCAGGUACAGGUAAAGCAGGCCCUCACUCUGGUUCUAUUGUUAUCCAAAUUGGUGGUAGCCCAGGAGGAAAACCCUGUGAAAUCAAUUCGGCAAAAUCUCCAAGCAACUGUUGCACUUCUACUGAAACUGGAGCUUGAGCAAAUUGAAGCUCGUUCAUAA